CCUAUACAUUUCUUCGCGCUUAUUAUGUCAAUUUUUAUAUAUGUUCCACCUUUCGCUCGUAAAGCUGCAAAAAUAUUUAGUGUAGGAAUCAGAGCUUUCUGUACUAUACAUAUUACAAAUGAAUAUAUAAUAGAAAUAACUCAGUGUUUAGGACCUUCAAUGCUUCCAACUUUAAAUAUGGUUGGAGAUUUCAUUGCAUUGGAACGCAUGACUCAUAAAUUGAAACUACUUGAAAUCGGGGAUGUGGUUGUUUGUGUGACCCCUACGGAUCCUUGGAGAUCAGUUUGUAAACGCAUUUUAGGAAUG